AUGAUGAACGCAAAGACCAAAACACAUAUCGGCCAACGUGCUGGCUCAUAUUUAAUCCAAUCAUUUGCCCAUAGUUUUCGUAUAUCGACACCGGAUAUCUCAACUCCCAAUGUAAGUUCUAAAGAGAAGAAUUUUACCGUGUGGAAGAAAAUUAGCAGCUCAUAUUUAUCUCAUCAAUCCUUGUAUGGCAAUACCAAGAAUGCCAAGCAGUGCGCCCAACCAUACAACCCCUUUGGCUCUAUGCAGUUAGUAUGUGUUAUGGCUCAAUCAGGCAAGCGCGCUUUUGAUUCUGCCCCCUUCUAUGCAGCUUCCGUGCAGCAUGGUAGCUUAGUCAACCAAUCCACUCUCCCACAUGGCCUUGACCGGUCCCACGCCAUUGCUUGGAAAUGGGGAUGA